AUUAUUGAUGACCCCGGGAUUUUGUCUCGUGUUCCAUAGAACGACUAGUCUACAUUCUCGCAGAGUUUAGUUGCUUUUUUUAAGCCAAAGCUCUUCACAAUCCUUCAAAAAUGGGCUUGAAACAUGAGGCUGGGAGUACCGUAAAGGUUGGAACUCGAGAUAGUGCGUUAGCAAUGGUCCAAACCAAUUUUAUAGUUGGAAAAUUGAAAGAACUAAAUCCUGGAGUUUCAUUUGAUCUUGUUUCCAUGCAAACAAUUGGAGAUGAAGUUCUGGACAAACCUCUACCAAAGAUUGGAGAGUCAAGUCUUUUCACCAAAGAGUUAGAAAUAGCCCUUGAAGAUGGAAGGUGGGCUGAUUUAUUGGUGCACUCGUUGAAGGAUCUCCCAACCAAUCUCCCCCCUGGCAUGGCAAUCGGCGCUAUAUACAAGAGACAGGAUCCUCAUGAUGCUCUUAUCCUUCAUCUAAAACACAAAGGGUUAAAACUGCAGGAUCUUCCUGCAGGAAGUGUUAUUGGUACCUGUUCUCUUCGUCGGAUUGCACAGCUGACUCGGAAAUUCCCUCAUUUGAAGUUUGAGAAUGUUAGAGGAAACCUGAAUACCAGACUGAGAAAACUUGAUGAGAAUGGACUAUAUGAUGCCCUCAUCCUGGCUAAAGCUGGUUUGGAUAGGUUGGGCUGGAAGGACAGAAUAGACCAGGUCAUCACACCAGAUGAAUGUUUGUAUGCCGUCGGACAGGGUGCACUGGCAGUGGAGUUAAACAUUAAGGACAGCAAGACGGUUGCUAUGAUAGCAGAGCUCUACGACUUUGAGACCGCUGUGGUUUGUGCUGCUGAACGAGCCUUCCUCAGACAGCUGGAAGGUGGUUGCAGUGUUCCCGUGGGAGUUGAAAGUGUUUUUAAAGAUAACAAGUUGACUCUAACUGGAGCAGUAUUGAGCCUCGACGGUAAAAAGUGUGUCCAAGAAACCAUGACCACGGACAUCCCACCAGUUAACGAAGACAAAAAAGGCAACCAACCGACACUAGGAGUGUCCUCAAUUCUCAUGCCUUCGCACAUGUACGAUGCYAUGCAUCAGGGGGAGGAACUUGGGCAAAAUUUGGCCAAAGAUUUGAUUGCUAGGGGAGCUGACGUAAUUCUUGCACAAGCAAAGCUUGAAAUAUCCACGGAUCCAAAAUAAUUGCAAAAAUCACAGCAACGCGAUAGUUAGUAGAGUUAUKUUUAAGGAAUGAGUAAAUAAAUUGCUUUAUUUCUUUAAA